AUGAGAUUGAUCAUCCGCGAUGACGCUGCGUCGUCUAGCGCCUACGUUGCGCAGUACGUCGUCGACCGCAUCACCGCCUUCAACCCCACGCCCGAGAGCCCCUUCGUCCUCGGCCUGCCCACGGGCUCCAGCCCAAUGGGCGUGUACAAGAUCCUCGUCGAGAAGUACAAGGCUGGCCAAAUCUCCUUCGAAAACGUCAUCACCUUCAACAUGGACGAAUACGUCGGCAUCCCUCGCGACCACCCGGAGUCGUACCACUCCUUUAUGUGGAAGAACUUCUUCUCCCACGUCAACAUCCACCCCUCCAACGUGCACAUCCUCAACGGCAACGCCCCCAACCUCGAGUACGAGUGCGUCGCCUACGAGGACGCCAUCAAGCGCGCCGGCGGCAUCGACCUCUUCCUCGCCGGCAUUGGUGAAGACGGCCACAUCGCCUUCAACGAGCCUGGUUCCAGCCUCGCCAGCCGCAUUUAG